UUUUUUAAUAUGUCAAUAUAGUUCUAGUAUUUUACAUCAAGUUAAACUAAAUGAGCAUUCAUUUUAUUUCAAGUAACGGAAAUUUUUAGUAGUUUUAUGAUAUAUAACCAUUUCAAAGGAGGCUGGUGACGCUUUGCCUUCCCUUGGCUUGUCCUUUUAGUGUAAUCUGACGUCGUAACUGAGUUAGUUUAAUCUUGUUUUCAAUCUAACUGCUCCCAUUACAGAUUGCACGUCUCCUGUUGACUUCCAGCACCUUACACGGAGGAAUCCUGUAAUGUGAUCGGGCAGGUAAAAACCCUCCUGGGGUGAAACAGGAUUCACAGCCUUAAACCACACGAACAGAUACACUCAUAUGCACACAUUUUCCAUAUGAGGUUGCAUCAAACGUGUCAUGUUUUACAUCUUUAUUAUGUCUGUUAAGUAUACACAUAUGCAAAGCCCUACAGGUAGGGUGGAUGGAUGGAUGCUAACAUCAUGUUUUCCUCCCCUCAGUCAUCAUGAUCUGACCUGUGCUGAGUCACUGGCUUUGUGUUGUUUUGUGACCCAUCAGUCGCAGUAUAACUUACCCUCAGUCGCUCAACUCUGACCCCGUCUAACAAUAAUCAGCAUGCAUUUUUCAUCAGCCUUGGCGACUGCUAUCCAUUACAGCCGAACCGCUCUUCAUAAAAAUUCCUGAGCGGCGUUAGACACGGAUGAAAUGCUGUUGAAGUAGAGGAAGUGACUCUGGGACACAAUGAAACACGGCGAGCAUCUCAGCGGAAAGAAAGGAUGGUGGAUGCUGUUGUUCUUUUGACACUCAUCCAAGGUUUCUGGACUUUCAUUAUUGCUUGCGUGUCCAAGUGUCAUCUAUUGUUGGAGGCACUAGAAGAAUGGCCUCGUUUCUAUGAACGCAUGAGCCGACACAAACUAUGGCUUUUGUUCAGGGUUUCUAUAAAAUCAGCCCUGCAAAAGACAACCAGGAGCCUCUGCAGUCCUUCCCAACAUGUCCUCCUCCAUCCACUGGGAUUCCUCCAGAUCUGCUGUCCACCUGCCCGAGGCUUUUGAACACGGCUCUUCCUCUUCUCACGGCUCCAAUAAUGACGGACGUUCCUCUCACCUUGAUACCUGGAACUGCAUCAAGAAGCCCGGUUGUCCAGAGUCUCACAGAUGUGUCUCCGCAGCCGACAGAGCUCCCUCUAUACGGAGCAGAAAGUGCGUCCAUACAGUUUCCUCUCCCUCUUGUUACGCUGUAUCCGUCCACACAUCCACGGGUCUCUCCCGGUUGUGUCCAGCUGCUGGGAGUCUCUGAAUUGGCUCCCUUCACACUGUCGACACUCAUGCCGCAUCUGCCCCGAUUACCACCACCUGACAGCGGCUCCUCGCCCCUCACAGACCCUAGAGCCUCCUCCAAAGAAGAAGACAUCAUCUUACAGGAAGGAGGCAUUAACAUUAGUGUUUCUAAAAACUCCUCUACAGAUGGGGCAGUGAAGUUUGUGUGUUUCCCAACCAAAGCGCGAGACACCCCUGCUGGCGGCUCACAGAACUGCACCAUCACACCGGCGCCCGGUGUCUAUUCGAUGAAAUAUCCAGCCAACGACACCGUCAACGUUUCCUCAGAUUGCUCCACAGCAAUGAAUGCUGGGUCUCGUGGGAUGCGUAUUGUUGGGGGUACGGAGGCUGCGAAGGACCAGUGGGGGUGGCAGACCAGUUUACACUGGCGUGGCAAACACGUGUGUGGAGGAUCCAUCAUUACUUCUCACUGGGUCGUCACUGCCGCACACUGCUUCGUACAAUAUGAUAUGAUGCUGGAGUCUGAUUGGAUCGUGGUUGUUGAUACUGUCAGUGUCUCGGAUUCAUCCCAGGGCAAGCGCUACAACACACUGCAAAUCCACCCACACCCGCGAUUCUCAGGGAACAACAACGACUACGACCUGUGUCUGCUGCGCACGCAGACUGAGAUGGAGAUGGGAGAUGGAGUGAGACCCGUGUGUUUACCACGUCUGAGCGAGUCUUUUCCUCCUGAUUCCCCAUGCUGGGUCACAGGUUGGGGUUACACUCACGAAGGAGGGUCGGUGUCCUCACACUUGAGACAGGCUUUAGUUCAGGUGAUCGACCAGUCCGUAUGCUUACAGUCCAACGUCUACGGCUCCCAACUCACUCCCAGAAUGCUUUGUGCUGGCGUUAUGGAGGGAGGAGUGGACUCCUGUCAGGGUGACAGCGGAGGUCCUCUAGUGUGUAAGACUGAAGCUGGUGAUUGGAGGUUGGCUGGUGUGGUGAGUUGGGGACAAGGAUGUGGAAGACGCAAUAAACCAGGCGUCUACACCAGAAUCACUCAGCUUCUCCAGUGGCUGGAUCAAUACAUCAGUGAUAAAAAUGAAGAGGCAUUCUCAGUGGCCACCAUAAAGGAUAAUAACUUUUGAAAAUUCAGUUUUAAUCUUACAACAGAUAAUUGAAACCUUGAAUAGAAGCAGAUAUCAUCUGUAAAAUAGGCAGCAAUAAAAGAUCAUUGCAUCCA